AUGAACAUCCUCGCGCGGUUAAUCCUGCUGUUGCUGGCCCUGCUGCACCUCGCGAAGAGUCAAUAUAGCAAAGACGGAGGAAGGGAAGGUAAUAAUAAUAAUAGGGGCGUACCUAUAAGGCAGUACAAUGUGGGGGGAAAAUGCUUUAUUUGUACUUCGUGUCCCCCCAAACGUUACCUAAUUGGAAAAAAGAGUAGAGUUGUGAAAAAUUUUAAAACAAGUUUUAGCAUAACGGAUGUCCAAAAUUUGGUGAAGAAAAUACCACGGAUAAAUUACCCCCUUUUAUGUGCCCCACUUGAAGUGCUACUUCGUCUGAGUAACAUUUUCUCGUUCAUGUUAACCCUAAAUGCACUGAAGUUGAUACGGAAUGAACAUAGGAUUGCUCUGAAUGAUAUAGCUGAUAACAUAAGCUCGAGGAUAUUUUUGCUAAAUGCGAUAAAUGACGUGGUCAGGAAAAUACCUGAGGAGGCCCCUCAGUUGUGUAAAAUUUUCCUUUUUUGCGUCGCCCAAUUUUGUACACAGUUUUUUUUUUCCCGUGUAACUGCGCAUUUGUUUUAUGAUAGGAAUGAGAAGGGUGUCAUAAAGGGUGGGGGAGAUGACGAACAAGUGCAGGUGGAAAAAGACGGUCAGGGGAAGCUGCACAUGGAUGGGGAAGGAAAUCUCAUUGCGCCAAUUGCAGAGGUCACCCCGCAAGAAGAACAGGAGGGAAAGAGUUACACCAGGACAAAUGAUGUGAACGGCCGAAAAAUAACUACGCAUGAGGAAGACGCGGGAGAAACGGAACAAAUGAAAAUGCUACAACACAUGUGCAUGCUAAACCAGUCCGGACUGAUACCAAUAUAUGUGUACAAUCACCUGUCCAAGAAGCUCCAGUUUGAAGGGAAAAAUAUUUCUCUCUUUGUCAACUGUUAUGUGCUAAUUAGCGGCAUUUUAACAAAAUGUUAUGUAAAAUUUUUUGUACAGAAAAAAAAAAAAACAAAAGAAAUAUCAAGCGAUGAGAUGAUGAAGGGCGGCAUUUUCCUAUCAUCCAUGUUCAGUUCACUUUUGAAGAAUUCCUAUUUUUGUUUCCUUUGCAUUUCUAUUUUUUUCAAAAUUUUUGAAAAAGCUAAUAUAUUUUAUGAACAGUCCAUUAAGCAGUCUAUGAUGAUGUUCAACACAAUAUUGACUCCAUCUGUGUAUGUGAUCCUGUCGAGUAUUUUGUAUGAAGGAAUUAAAUUGCCUUUUUCUGUAUCUUUUAAAGAUCUCCUCUUCGUGUUGCAAAACAGAUUUGUUGUGUUUCCUUCCCUCAUUUGGGCCAUGCUGCAUGUGAGCAAUCGCGACGGAGUUUUUAAGUUUGACAAAAACUUACAGCUGUACUUGCUAGUCCAAGCCAUGACCCCCCCAAGCUACAACCUCUUCCUGUUGGCGAAAAAUGGUAGAGAACCCAAUAGCAUUCGGAAGAUCCUCAGUCUGUCUUACCCCCUGUAUCUUAUAGCAUUAUACUUUUAUGCCUUAGGCCUGUUUAGCUAUUUUAAGAAUUGA